AUGCCCAAAUUUGUACCCAGAGUGCGUAAACAAAAGGCAUUACUAAAUGCUAAGCAGCAAAAUGGUGGCAGCAACUCGAACAAUGCAGAUACAAAUGCGGACGAGAUCUUGCCCGACGUGUUGGCGGAAAGACAGAAAGAAAAGCAAAAGAUGAAGGCUGCGAUCAAAGCAGAGCAGCCACAAAUGUCGAGCAAGAAGAAGAAAAGGCUUGACAAGUAUAUCGAUAAAAAAUUAAGAAAAGAGGAAAAUCUUGAUUUGAUUAAGACACUUGCAGACACCAAAGUGGACACUGCCUUGCUGCAGAGCUCACGAAGUCUGGGUGUGACCAAAGCAUCGAAGCGAGAAGUAUUCAAAAAAGCUCUAGCAGAGACUAAGGCCGGUAUCAAUGUUGAGAAGAAUCAGAAUAUUCUCCUCGAGUCGCGGCCGCGAAAGAAGGCAGAACUUACUAUUGCAGAUGAUAAUAUAGGUGAUGAAAGUAGUGGCGAUAGAGACUUCAAGCCAACACCAGCUCUUAAGGUAGCCCAGGGCAGUGGGCUAAAACGGCCACUUGAGCUAGGUCCGGGCGGCAAUCCAAUUUUGACUAGAAGAAAACGCCGGAAGGUAGAGUCAGUUAUAUUUGAUACGGACGCAAAGAAUGGCGAAGAAUCAUGGGAAGGCUUCUCUGAGGCUGCUUGGGAAGAGUCUCCGCCUUCUGCAAGUGACAGCGAGACAUUUACUGACAGCGAGACCGGCGAUAACCGCAGAGACACGUCUUCCGCAAGUGAAAGCGAGACAUUUACCAACAGAGAGAUCUAUGAUGAUCGCAGAAACAAGUCUUCCGCAUUCAAGAUAUGGGCGACUGGUCAAGUGAACGAAGCGGUUGGCUUUACGCCUUCGUCUGCCAUCACAGAUAACCUGACCAGUAAUGGCAACUUCAAGUCAGCGUCUGCUGACUACAGACCACCUUCCCCAGAUAUUGAACCGUUACCGCCAGAAUUGGCUCUUGAAAGCAAAAACGUAGACCGCAAGGCAUUUGGCAUCACUGUAGAUCGGACUGACACUGUGCAGUCUGCUAGAUUGCAGCUCCCUAUCGCCGGAGAAGAACAGCGUAUUAUGGAAGCAGUCCACAACCAUCCCACCGUCAUAAUCUGUGGUGAAACUGGAAGCGGGAAGACGACUCAGGUUCCUCAAUUUCUGUAUGAAGCAGGCUUUGGCCACAUGGAGAGCCCGAAUCCGGGAUUGAUUGGUGUUACUCAGCCUCGGAGGGUCGCUGCUGUCAGUAUGGCGAAUCGGGUUGCAACAGAAUUGGCAGGAACCCAUGCAGAGAAGGUCGCAUAUCAGGUCCGAUACGACACAUCUGUGUCAAAAGAUACCGCAAUCAAAUUUAUGACAGACGGUAUACUACUAAGGGAAAUCGCGAGUGAUUUCCCACUUUCAAAGUAUUCUGCUAUCAUUAUAGACGAAGCCCACGAGAGAAGUCUUAAUACAGACAUUCUUAUUGGACUGCUUAGCCGAAUUGUGGAUCUACGAGCGACUAUGAGCAAGGAACAAACCAAUAUUAAGUCGUUAAAACUGAUCAUCAUGUCAGCUACGCUUAGAACACAAGACUUUUUAGGCAACAAAGUGCUAUUUCGAAGUGGACAGCUACCUCUUAUCCAGGUGGAAGGCCGGCAGCAUUCAGUCACGAUGCAUUUCGCACGUCGAACUCAGUCAGAUUAUGCCCAGCAGGCUUUUGAGAAAAUCUGCAAGGGGCACAAUCUGUUACCUCCAGGAGGUAUUUUGGUCUUCCUAACAGCGCAGGACGAGAUUGUCGCCUUGAUUCAGCGAUUGAAGGAGCGUUUCGAGCCAACAAAAUAUGGCAAUAUGGUGAUGAUUGACCAGGAUGAUUACGAAUCAGCUUCAGAUUCGGAUGCAAAAGAAUUUGAGGUAGAUGAGCUUGCCCCGUCGAACAAGACGCCAAAUAUCCAUGUGUUGCCUUUGUAUGCUCAACUAGACGCGCAAAGUCAGUUGCGAGUUUUUGAGCCCCCACCUAAUGGCUCGCGACUCAUAGUAGUGGCAACAAAUGUGGCAGAAACGAGCAUAACUAUACCAGGCAUUCGGUACGUAUUUGACUGCGGGCGAAGCAAGGAGAAAACGUAUGACAGUGUCUCAGGGGUUCAAUCAUUUGAAGUUGGCUGGAUUAGCAAAGCAGCCGCAAGCCAAAGAGCUGGUCGAGCGGGACGUAUAGGUCCUGGUCACUGCUACAGGCUCUACUCUUCAGCGGUGUAUGAACGGGAUUUUGAGGAGCACACCGAGCCAGAGAUCCUCCGCAUGCCUCUUGACGGUGUGGUAUUGCAAUUGAAGAAUAUGGAGCUGCAUAAUGUCGUCAACUUCCCCUUUCCCACUCCCCCAGAUCGUACAGCUCUUGCCAAAGCGGAGAGGUUAUUGAAAUAUCUGGGGGCCUUAUCAGGAGAUGGGCGCAUUACUUCUCCUGGCCGCAACCUUACCAAGUUUCCUGUCUCAACUCGAUAUGCAAAGAUUCUUGAUAUUGGACAGGGGUACGAGAGCAUGGCAUUUACAAUUCUACUUGUCGCCGCUGUGGCAACACCCAAUCUUUUCAUACCUGAGCAUCUGCUUGGACUCAAUGAGUCAGUCGACGGCGAACCGUACAGCAUAGAGAAUCGUGCCGAAGAAGAGGCACGAUUGCAACGAAAGAUAGCCUAUAAUCGAGCUCAUUAUCAUUGCAGCAAAUACUCAUCAAAGUCGGAUGGAUUGAAGGCUUUCGUCGCUCUGCAAGGCUACAUGAAGGCCAAAGAUAAAGAGCAAUAUUGCAGAGAUACAUAUGUAUCACUGAAGUCUGCACGCGAAGCAAGCAGUCUUGCUGAUCAGCUCACCUCAAUAAUCCGGAAAAUCGCGCCACUAGCUCUCUCUACCAGCAGCUCUGGCCUGUCCUCGCUCUCUGAUGAUCAAAUAGCAGCUUUACAGCGAUUCGUCGCGGCAGGCUUUAUUGACCAGCUUGCAAUCCUGGCGUCAGAAGCACCCUCACUCCCAUAUCUUGGAAGAAAUCCGAAACGAGCGAUCGAUGUUCCCUAUUUACCCCUUUUCCCAAUCAGCACAGACAAGAGGACGGCGGGCUCGGACAUUCGGGAUAUUGCGGUGUAUAUCCAUCCAUCAUCAAUUCUCGCGAAGCUCUCAACCAGAGAGAUGCCAAAGUAUAUCGUUUACAGCCAUCUUCAACGCGCGCAACCGCAGACUAUUGAAGCUUCAAGGAAACCGAAAACACGCAUGCAUGCAUUGACAAUUACGACCGAGAAGGUUAUCUUCGCGUGGGCCCAGGGUACGCCUUUGCUCGAAUACGGCAAGCCGCUAUCCAUCUUGGAAGAGAAGGUUAGCGCAAAAGGUAAGACGAGGACUUGUAUCGUACAGCCUAGUCUGGUGGGUGAGAAAGGGACGAUGGCGUGGCCGUUGCCAGCAAGGAAGGUCGAUCAGGUGCGAAACUCGAGAGGAGAGUGGAUCGUAGAGAAAACAUACUCAUGA